CACCUGGAUUGAUUUAUGAAAUGAUUUGGAUGUGUUGGGUUAUUUUGGAGAGGAAACUCACUAGAUGAUCGAGUUUAGCAGAAACAAGUGUUGUUUUCACAAUCUCGUUUCUUUCUUGUGGAAAAAAAAAUUUCUUAGUUCUUUGGUUGAGAAUAAGUGGAUCCGGUAAAGAUGUUUUUGAUUUGAUCCAGGACUGGGUUUUGGUAAAUGUAAUCGGGAAAAAAAAAUGCAGUUGUUUAUCAUUGAGCAUUCUGCUAUAACAGUGACCUAUAUUAUAACAGUGACAUUAUUUGCUAUCGAGCUUUCUGCUCAUUGACGUAUUCUAUUAAUUGUAUAAUCACUUGUUUUAAUGCAGGAUUCUACUGCCUGUGAAUACACAUCUGUGAAAAACUUGAAUGAGUCCAAAUAUGGAUUCUGGGGGAUUUUAGCGAGAAAAGCUAAAGCAAUUUUUGAGGAUGAUGAUACAACCAAGAAAUUUGAAAACCAUGGAAGACACCAAUUCCAAGCAGUUGACACGUCAACUGGCAGUCAGGAGGAUCUGACAAUUAUGGAAAAUAAGACUGCUGACAUCAACCAUGAAACACAUAAGCUGCAUAUCAGGAGAAAAGGAAGUGAUCAAAAUGCACAGAAUCAGGCCACAGAGAAAUCAGUUCAACACAUUUUCCUCUGAUACAAACUGAUUAUGAAAUACAGCUGAAGGCAUCUCGUGACGUAAGGUGGCAAUUGUGUAUCACUGGAUUGAAAUUACUGCUCUAAAUAUGCUUGUCAGCUUUAUUGAGUAAAACUGAUCCCUUAAAUCAUUUGAAUUUUCUGACACAGUGGACUUUGCUUGAUUCUCAACUGCCUGAUUCUGGGCACAUUCAUCUUGUAUUGCUAAUGGCUAUGAGGUAGUAGAAUCUUUGGAAAAAAAAAGAAAAAGAUUCAUCUUUUAUAUCAACACCAAAGAGGUUGAUGCUUGGAUGCUCCGGUUAUCUCCUAAUUCAUGAAGCUGGAUCGUAUGAUAGUAGGAAAUUUGCCACUUUUUGUAAUCAUUCAUUUUGCCGGUACUCAGAGCCCAGCCAGGCAGAGAUGACUAGUUUAGCUUGGAGCCAUCCAUCAAAGACUUUCUGUAGAUUUUACAUAGCAGUGUGCUUAAAUGCAAAACAUGUAUCUUAAAAUAAGAAGGUUUUCUUUCAGUACAUUACAAUGUCUGCAGUUAGCUAUGUUAUAUACCUCUUAUUGUUCUACCCUUCUGAUGGACCGAAUUAAUGGCCCUGUAUUUUGUUUUUGCAGGUUGCUAAUGCAAUGGCUGCAAAGGCCAAGCUUCUUCUGCAGGAACUAGAGACUAUCAAAGCAGAUCUGGCUUUCACAAAGGAACGAUGUGCUUAGCUUGAAGAAGAAAACAAAAUGUUGAGGGAGGGUCAUGAGAAGGGAUCUAGUCCUGAAGAUGAUGAUCUGAUCCGCCUUCAGCUGGAGACGUUGUUAGUUGAGAAGGCAAGGUUGGCACAUGAGAACUCCGUAUGUGCACAGGAGAACAGAUUCCUGAGGGAGAUUGUGGAGUACCACCAACUCACCAUGCAAGAUGUCAUUUAUAUGGAUGAGGGCAUUGAAGAGGUCACGGAGGUUUACUCCAUCCAAAUCCCAUCUGUGUCCCCAGCUAGUGGGGUACUGAAAGCACCUUCCUCCCUCUUGCCAACCACCCCCACCAGCCACGAUGCUCCCCGAAGUACUGCAGAUACCCAGCCACCUCCUCCAGCCUCCCCAUCUUUUGUUGUACCAGAAGCUUGCCCCAUUAUCACAACCCCUUCCACGCACUCUCCACAGGCUGUUCCUCCAAACACAAGGGCUAACCCUUCAUAUAGUUUCAGCAAUUGAGUUGCUAAGCAGCAACAAUGUGCUUCAGGGCCUACUACCUAGAAUCAGGGCUAGUCGGCUUUUGCUCGUCUUUGGUGUGUGCUGGUUUGGCGACACAAAUAAAAUUACAUUCUUUCAUGUUCUGGGUGGUACUCUUUACCUCCCUUCUCAAAAUAAAAAAUAAAAAUAAAAAUUCUUUCAUGUUUGUGCUUUUGUAUUUGUAAAUCAGUCUAUUUGUUGUCAUUGUUAUUUAUCAGCAUUUAUAGAUAAAUUAAUGUUUGGUUCCCAGAUUUUUUUUUUUGGUCAUUUGCUUGU